UGGAACAAUCUGCAAGCAACACUUCAUCCCUUUGUAUGUUACUACCGGGGAAACAUGCAAGAUGAAAUUGACCAUACAAGUUUUGUGAUUAUAUCAGAAUGUAACACACAUGAUACUGUGGCAGUUCACCUUUUUCAAAAAUUGCUCAUACAGUUUUUAACAGACACACUUGGACAUGUUAAGAAAAUAUGCUAUUUUUCUGACGGCUGUGCUGCACAGUAUAAAAAUAGAAAAAACUUUUUAAAUUUGUGCCUCCAUGAAGAAGACUUUGGUGUUCAAGCUGAAUGGCACUUCUUUGCCACCUCGCAUGGAAAGGGACCAUCUGAUGGUGUUGGGGGGACAAUAAAGCGGUUAGCAGCCAGAGCAAGUUUACAACGCCCAUUUGAUCAACAGAUUAUCACUGCUCGCCAACUUUUUGAAUUUGCAGAUUCAGAGAUUGACAAAAUACAUUGCCAGUUUGCCACAACAGAGCAAUAUCGGCAACAAGCAGAAUUCCUGAAAGAUUUGAAAAUGCUCGCACAAUUCCAGGUACACGGAAUUUGCAUUCUUUUAUUCCAGUCUCCAAAGAAGCGGUUACAGUUCGAUCCUUUUCAUCUGCAGACGAGAAAAGACAGGAACUAGUAACUCUUACUGCAGAUACCACAGUUCUGAGUGGUUUGGUCUUAAGUGGAUAUGUUACAGCAGCUUAUGAUAACCAUUGGUGGGUAGCGUGCAUCAAGGAAUAUUACACAGAUUGGCAUGAGGUUGAUAUUACAUUCCUACACCCACAUGGACUGUCGCCAUCUUUCGUAUUUCCAGAACCACCAGAUUCUUUAACCAUUGAUCAUCAAGAUAUACUAACAGCUGUUCACCCAACUACAGUGACUGGAAGAACAUAUUUAAUCUCAAAAAAAGAAACAAAGGCUGCCCAUGCUGCAUUUACCAAAAAAAUUAAGGU